AUGACGGAUUUUGCUAGAGGCGAGACUCCCGCCGAAGGAUACAUCACCCUAAAAAUAAAGGUCGACCGAGUCGAGACGGAAGAAGGAUUCUUUGUUGUUAAUGCUAGGAGCAAUUACAAUGUGCUGCUCGGUCGCGACUGGAUUCAUUCCAACAUGUGCAUCUCUUCUACCAUGCAUCAGAUGUUAAUAUUAUGGCGAGAAGCCGGGGAGGCUGAGAUAGUGCAAGGCGAUCCAAGCCCUUUCGGCGAAGAUAGCAACGUGUUAGAAGCUAUGAUGUAUGACGAGCAAACAUUACCCUCUGGGGCAGCGGUCGAUCCACCAUCCUGCAACAUUCCGAUGGAUAGAAGACAUACGGAGUUGCGAAAUAAAGUCCGAGACUUAGUACUAGGUCACGGAGUAUUGUCUGUGGAAUGCAUAUACGAGGAUCCAGAACAAGACCCUACUGGUACCUUGAAAAUAGAAGACCUUAAGAUAGCCACGGGGAAGUUGGGGGAUGAUCCAGCACAAGUCCAAGAUGCGCUUUUAGAGGUAAAUUUAGGGUCAGACACAUCCUCCAAGCCGAUAUACAUCAGUGCAAACCUCGACGUCAUAUUUAGAGACGAAUUGAUAACGCUUCUUCGAGAAUACAAGGACUGCUUCGCGUGGUCAUAUGCAGAGAUACCGGGCUUGGAUAAAUCCAUCGUCGAACACAAGUUACCCUUAAAAGAUGGGUUUCGCCCAUUUAGGCAACCGCCCCAACGGAUGUCAAAAGAGGUCGAGGAAUUGAUCAGGGAAGAAAUUAAUUGGCUAAAAGAGGCUAACUUCAUACGAGAAGCUAAAUACACAGAAUGGUUAUCUAACAUAGUUCCCGUCAUGAAGAAGAAUGGCAAACUACGAGUAUGCGUCGAUUUCAGAAACUUGAACUUGGCAACACCAAAGGACGAAUAUCCGAUGCCGAUAGCCGAUAUGCUAAUCGAUGGAGCAGCUGGGCACACCAUUCUUAGUUUUUUGGACGCCCAUUCCGGGUAUAAUCAGGUGCCGAUCCACGAAUCCGAUAUUUCUAAAACUGCGUUUCGCUGCCCUGGGCCGAUUGGUGCAUACGAAUGGAUUGUGAUGCCUUUCGGUUUAAAGAACGCUGGUGCGACGUAUCAAAGAACUAUGAACAAGAUGUUUGAAGGGCUGGAAUGUUUAGAAGUAUACAUCGACGAUGUGGUCGUCAAAUCCUCCACCAAUGCAGCGCACCUUGCCGAUUUGCGUAAGGGCUUUGAGCGUAUCUGCACCAAUGAGGGGGGGGGGGGGGUAGAGGUAGAUAAGAAUAAAGCAAAAGCGAUAAUCAAUGUUGAACCACCAAAGACCAAGAAACAACUACAACGACUUAUCAGAACAAUAAAUUUUCUGAGGCGAUUCAUUUCAAAUACAGCCGGCCGAUUAUGUAGUUGGAGCGUUUUGUUGAAAGGGAAUGACAGCGACCAUUUUGUAUGGACCUCCGAGCAACAACAAGUCUUCGACGAGCUGAAAAAAUGCUUAGUGAAGCCGCCGAUUAUGAUGCCACCAAAGCCAAAUCAGCCUUUGUUGCUAUACAUAUCGGCGGCUCCCCGAUCUCUGGGUUGUAUGCUCGCUCAGGAGGACCAAGGUGUUGAAAAAUCGGUCUACUACCUCAGUAGAGCUCUGACCGAUAAAGAAACACGGUAUUCAUAUAUCGAGAAAUUGUGUUUGUGUUUGUAUUUUACCUGCUGCAAGCUGAGAUAUUACAUGCUGCCGGUCGUAGUCUAUGUCCUUGCACAGACCGAUGUUAUAAAAUAUAUUUUAUCCAGACCGUAUCUCAGGAAUCAGAUGGGGAAACGGGCUGUGGCAAUGUCAGAGUUCACUCUCGUAUAUGUACCUCAGAAAGCUGUAAAAGGGCACGUCCUUGCCGAUUUCCUUGCAGAUCACCCAGGAAUCUCCAUGAAGGAGGGAAUCGGCUGCAUGGAACUACAUCAUUGGAAGCUGUGGUUUGAUGGCUCUAGAACAGACAGGGGUGCUGGAGCGGGAAUCGUCAUCGUUUUACCCUCGGGGGCACGGUUCACAAUGUCAUGCUCCUUAAAUAUUAGGUGCACCAACAAUCAAGACGAGUAUGAAGCUCUCGUUUUUGGAUUAGAAAUCUUAAUGGAACUGGGGGCAACACCAAUCCAAGUAUGGGGAGAUUCGAUGUUAGUAAUAAAACAAGUAGCUGGAGAAUACAAGUGCGAAUCAGAGCUUCUAAUCCACUAUUGCAACAAAGCCAAAUAUCUUAUCGGUGGCUUCUCCGACACAUGGUUGGAAUAUAAAGGGAGAAGUGACAACAUGGAAGCAAAUGACCUUGCACAGCACGGUAGUGGUUAUAAACCUUGUUAUGAAUAUGAGGCGAUCCAGCGAGAUAAACCGAACCUGGUAACUAGAGACGAUAUGAUGUUUAAAGCAAUUCAUUCCGUGUGCCAGUUGGAUUUUUCUACAGAUUGGAGGAAAGAGAUAACCAAAUGGUUUAAGGCACUGGAUAUGGCCAACAGAAGAUUACGAACCUUGGCCCUCAAUUAUAUAGUUCUGGCCGAUGAGUUAUACAAAAGAGGGAGUGAUGGUUUGCUUUUUAGAUGCAUCGGCCUAAAAGAAGCUAUGUUAGUAAUGGCCGAGGUACACGAAGGGAUCGUUGGCGCACAUCAGGCUGGUCCACGGAUGAGAUGGUUAAUCCUUAAAUAUGGGUUCUAUUGGCCCAAAAUGGAGCAAGACUGUAUCCGGCAUGCAUUUGUGAUUGUCGCUACCGAUUAUUACUCUAAAUUGGUUGAAGCCAUACCGUUGAAGUCACCAAGUCAAGAAUCGGUCAUUAAGUUCUUUAGAGAAUACAUUAUUCUGAGGCACGGUCUACCAGAGACUAUUACUACAGAUCAAGGAGCUAUGUUUACCGGGAGUGAUAUUACCGAGUAUGCAGAAGAUAUGGGGUUCAGAUUGGUACAUUCCACUCCAUAUUAUGCGCAAGCUAAUGGUCAGGCCGAAGCAACUAAUAAGGCGAUUAAGGGGAUAAUCCAGAAGACGAUAGUGGGCAAUCCAAAAUAA